AUGGCUGCUUCGCACUUGAUGAACGAGUGCAAACUGUUGGAACAUGCACCGGACUUCGCCAAAUCUCGCCCGGAAGCUUAUCUGGACAACGUCAAGACCGAGUACGCCGCUAAACUAGCUCCAGUGAACCCAACACCACCGGCAAACUGCGACAUCCUCGUUCCGGCAUCCAGGCAUUGCGGCAAAGGCGGUAGCUGGUGGCACGCACGGCCGGAAGCUCCUAGCGACAAGCAAUGCUACCCCGACUUCAAAGAGUAUCAAUAUACCCAAUGCCUCAAGAGUCUGCAAUCGACCCCUCAGUACUGGACAUCGUUCAGCAACGCUCGCCAGAACGCAGUGGUCAUGUGUCAGGCCAGCAGAGAUGUCAUCGAGCGAGAAAACCAUCUCGAGAUAUUUAAGAACUUGACUCAGGUGCUGGGUGAUGUGACCUCAAACAUGCAGAAGACGACCGAAGAGUACGAGUCUUUGAUCCGUGAGCAGAGGCAGUACUCUGAAGAAGCCCGCGACUCUCACCAGCAGCUCAAAGAAGACAUCCAUGCGGUUCAGGAGAAGGCCGUCGCUACUGUGGGUGCGCUUGACGACAAGUUCCGUACUUUCAUGGAGGUGUCAAUCUCGGAUCUUAUCACAGCUCUAGCCGAAAGUCAGAGCAACGAGAUUGACCGGAUACAUGAGAGGAUGCAGGGUUUCUCGCAGGAGUUGAUGCUGGAAAGCUCUCAGCUCGCGAAACACUUCACUGGCGAACUCCAACAAUACCAUGACCUAGCCAGGAUGGGCAUUCAAUCCAACCACGAGGCUCAAGUCGACAGCUAUACUGUUCUAGCAGGCUACAUGGACGUCACACAGGACACCAUCAAUCGCACGAACGAUAUCGCAGAUCGCUCUCUUUCUACAGUCGACAGUAUUGCGCAACGCCUGGACAUCUUCGAGACGCAGACUGAGCACAUUGCCGAAGGGUUCGCUUUCCUAAGUGCAAUACCAGCACUUGUCACACUACUCGUCCGCAGCUUCCUAGCCAUGGUCGGUACACUGUUCAUCUUCACUGUUCUGUACAAGCUCAACACAAAGCUUGCAGCCUAUACUGCCGGCGCAUGUAGUUCAGCUUUCCUCCUACACACAUGCGGAAUUUUCGACUGGCUCGGCGCCCUCCCCUCACGCAUCACCAAACUCCACAGCGAACCUCCUCUUACGACUGUCGCAGGCAUGUCAUCCUGGCAGAAAGGUGCAGGCAUCAUACUUCUACUCUGGCUCGCUGCCUACCCGGUAUGCCGCAUCAACGCCUAUCUCGGAAAUCUCAUAGCCAUAACACUGAAGCGCAUUCUGGGUCCAAUCUGGAUCAGCGAGUACAGCAACGAGAACGGCACCGGUUUCUUGCCGAGCAUUGAGAUUCCCCCUCCUUACCCUCGUCGCGCGGAUUACCGAUAUCACCGGAAUGAUGUCGGUCACCGCAACUAUCCAAACUACUCGAAGUCGGCCUCACCGCCUUCCGAUAUUUGA